UGUUCUUCUUGUUCUUCUUGUUCUUCUUGUUCUUGUUCUUCUUCUUGUUCUUCUUCUUCUUCUUCUUCUUCUUCUUCUUCUUCUUCUUCUUCUUCUUCUUCUUCUUCUUCUUCUUCUUCUUCUUCUUCUUGUUCUUCUUCUUCUUCUUCUUCUUCUUCUUCUUGUUCUUCUUGUUCUUCUUCUUCUUCUUCUUCUUCUUCUUCUUCUUCUUCUUCUUCUUCUUCUUCUUCUUCUUCUUCUUCUUCUUCUUCUUCUUGUUCUUCUUCUACUUCUUCUUCUUCUUGUUCUUCUUGUUCUUGUUCUUCUUGUUCUUGUUAUUCUUGUUCUUGUUCUUGUUCUUGUUCUUUUUCUUGUUCUUCUUCUUCUUCUUCUUCUUCUUCUUCUUCUUCUUCUUCUUCUUCUUCUUCUUCUUCUUCUUCUUCUUCUUCUUCUUCUUGUUGUUCUUCUUCUUCUUGUUCUUCUUCUUCUUCUUCUUCUUCUUCUUCUUCUUCUUCUUCUUCUUCUUCUUCUUCUUCUUCUUCACCU